UUUACCAUUUAGGGCAAAGCUUUUUAGGGUUCUUUGGGCAGAGGGAGAUGGAGGGCGCACUCUCCAAAGCGAGUAGCUUCUUGCUGGCACGGCGGGCAAAGAAGGAGAUGAACUCCAUCGGCGACGAUUUCAAUUCCCUAUCUUCCACCGUAGAGACGAGCGCCAAGCUUCUCUUCAACCGCCUAAAAGGAAGGAUGCAAACACCUCUCCCCGAUCUCCUCCACAGCUACAAUCUCCCGCGAGGGAUCUUCCCCAAGAACGCCACGCACUACGAAUUCGACGAGGCCACCGGCAAGCUCACCGUGAUGCUCCCAUGGAUCUGCGAGUGCUGCUUCCGGGACUCGUCCAUUCUGAGGUACGCCGCCACAGUCACCGCCACUCUCCAGCACGGCAAGCUCGUGGACGUGGAGGGCAUCAAGACCAAAGUUCUCAUCUGGGUCAAGGUGGCCGCCAUCUCCGUCCCCACGGAUCAUCCCGGCGACAAGGUCUACUUCUCGGUGGGGAUGAAGAAGUCGCGACCCAGAGAGGUGUAUGAAGUUCUCAAGGAUGCCUUGGAAGUGGAGGAAUUCUAAGUCAAUCGCGCGGGAAAGGAUACACUGUAAACUAAUAAGAGAAGCUUGCUUUUACCUGGUCUUCGCCUUCGUUGUAAGUCAAUCGCGCGGGAAAGGAUAAAUAAGAGAAGCUUGCUUUUACCUGGUCUUCGCCUUCGUUGUAAGUCAAUCGCGCGGGAAAGGAUAAAUAAGAGAAGCUUGCUUUUACCUGGUCUUCGCCUUCGUUGUAAGUCAAUCGCGCCAAAGGAUAUGCUGUAUAGCCUACUACUGCUAA